AUGGGGAGACUGAAUGUUGACAUUGAUGAUGUUGUCUUAGAAAAAGCUCCGAAAAAUGCAAAGUAUACCUCGCCGACUAUUCAAAAAGAGAUUUUGCACAUUCUCACGAACAAAGUGAGGAAAAAGAUUUGUGAAGAAGUUAGAGAUGCAAAGUUUUGUAUUUUGGUUGACGAAGCCAAAGAUGCAUCAAAUAAAGAACAAAUGGCUAUUGUUUUGAGAUUUGUUGACAUUCAGGGUUUUGUACGAGAGCGCUUUUUUAGUAUUGUGCAUGUUUCAAAUACUACUUCUUCAACACUUAAAAAAGAAAUUUUUGAUGUGCUCGCUCGAUAUAACUUGCAUAUUUUCAAUAUGCGAGGUCAAGGGUACGAUGGUGCUAGCAAUAUGCGUGGCGCAUGGAAUGGACUACAACCUCUAUUUCUCAGAGAUUGUCCUUAUGUAUAUUAUGUACAUUGCUUUGCUCACCGACAAAAAUUGGCAUUAGUUGCAGCAGCUGGAAAUGAGAUUUCUAUUUGGUUAUUUUUCUCAAAAUUGACAACCAUUAUCAACCUUAUUUGUGCUUCUCCCAAACGUCAUACCGAGUUACAUUAUGCUCAGGCUAUAGAAAAUGCACAUAUAGUAGCUACUGGAGAACGUGAGACUGGUAAAGGGGCUAAUCAAAUUGGUAAUUUACAUCAAAGUGGAACUACUCGCUGGAGCUCUCAUUUUGAUUCUAUUUGCAGCUUAAUAGAUAUGUAUGGUGCAACUAUUAUUGUGCUUGAAAGUAUAGUUCAAGAAGGAUCUUCUAAUUCUAUACGUGGAGAAGCUGGUGGUUGUUUGAUUGUGAUGAAAUCUUUUGAAUUUAUAUUCAUCUUAUAUUUGAUGCAUAAAAUAAUGGAGAUUACUGAUUUACUUUGUCGAGCUUUGCAGCAAAAAUCUAUUGACAUCUUAAAUGCAAUGGAUCUUGUAUCAAUUACUAAAGCAUUGCUUCAAAUUUUGAGAGAUGCCGGAUUUGAUCUUCUCCUUACAAAUGUGCAAUUUGUUGUGGGGAGGACUGGUGAGGAGGAGGAGAAGGAGGGUGUGUCAGGGUUCUCAAGUUCCACUGGGAAGCAUCAUUUGGAACCUAAGGACAACUUUAAAUCAUUUAAAACUGAUGUUAUUUACAAGCUUGCUGAGAAAUUUUAUCCUGAAGAUUUCAAUGAACAAGAGAUGUAUUAUUUGAGAUCUCAGCUAGAGCAUUAUCAGAUUGAUGUGAUUCAUCAUGAGAGCUUUCAGAAUAUAUCUACCAUUUCUAAAUUAUGUCGAGCAUUAGCUGAAACAAAUAAGUCGCAGCACUAUCAUUUGAUUGACAGGUUGAUUCGUCUUAUUUUGACUUUGCAUGUUUCCACUGCCACUACAGAGCGGGCAUUUUCAGCUAUGAAACAUGUUAAAAUUAUGCUUCGCAAUAAAAUAAAAGAGGAGUUCUUAGCAGAUUCUAUGAUGAUUUAUAUUGAACGAGAGCUUGUUGAAGAUAUUGAUUCGGAUUCGAUCAUAGAUAAAUUCUAUUCUACAAAACAUCGAAGGUCGCUGUCACGGGGGAGUAUGGUGGUUGAGUUGGUGUUGGCCAUGUGGACGGCGUUGUGGUUCGGUGGCUGUAGGGUUGGUGUAAUUUCAGGUAUACUGGGUUUCGACCUUGUUGGUGUUUUAGGUAGAGAUUGGUUCGGAAAUGAGAGGGAAGAUGAGGCUGUUGAUUUGAAGGCUGGAGGUGGGGGAGUUGGUGAUGGAGUUGUUGUCGGGUGGCUGGUGUCAGUGGGUGAUAGUGAAGAAGGGAGAGUCACUGUGUCAGUUUGGUAG